GUGUACUAUCUCUAAGCAGCCGAUGGAUUUGCCAGAGAUGGUAUUUGUACACAGAUGUCAGUUUGAAUUGCGCUUUGACGCUUUGGGUGUAAGCUGUCACGCUUUGCAAAUAACUUUAUGAACGACGGAUUGCUGGAUUCCCACUCGCUGCACCAGUUUAAACCAUAUUUCCUAAGGAACGAACGUUCAAUUGGAUUCAAAAAAGCGGAGAAAAAACUCCAUUGCUAAUUUUGUUCGUCCAUAGUUUGUCACCUCUCAGUGGAUCCUCACAUUGAAAUCUCAUUGACAUCCUGAAUUAAUUUAUUUGUAUCCAUAAACUGCUCCGACGAUAUGGCCAACUGAUUACACGGUACUGUUCCAUUUAAUCGUAAAAGACGUCAAUUCACAGAAGUGACAUGAAUACAAUGGAUAUGAUAAAAAUUCCCAAGGUGGAAAAUGUUCGAAUGAUUGACAAAUAUAGCAACAAUCAUUCCUUAGGCACUCUUUACCCUACCACGACACAUUUGAUUUUUGUAGAUCCUAAUAGUAAAAAAGAAAUAUGGGUCUUAUACAUGCACAUUGCAAGUGUAGAUAAGCAGCCACUUUCAACGUCAGGUUCGCCACUCCAGAUAAAAUGCAAAAACUUUUUGACCGUCACUUUUGUUAUACCAAAAGAACGCGAAUGCCACGACAUAUAUCUCACAUUGUUGAAAUUGUCAUCUCCAGCUAGACUAGAAGAUCUCUAUUGCUUUAGUUACCAAGGAGGCAAAGACAAAUUGCCACAACAUGCCGGCUGGAAUUUCUUUGAUAUCCACAAUGAAUUUCAAAGACUUGGUGUUCCAAACGAGGAGUGGUCUCUAUCUUAUCUGAAUACAAACUAUGAGUUAUGUGACACAUAUCCCAAAUACUUGUACAUCCCUAGUACAUCUACAAAUAAUGUGUUGUCUGGAAGUGCUAAGUUCAGAAGUAAAGGUCGAUUACCAGUUUUGACGUAUCUCCAUUCUAACAAGGCAGCCAUAUGCAGAUGCAGCCAACCACUAUCUGGAUUUAAUGCACGUUGUCCCGAUGAUGAGCAAAUGUUGUAUAACAUUCUCUGCACUAAUCCAAAUUCAAAUUACAUGUAUGUAGUUGAUACUCGCCCAAGGAUCAACGCAAUGGCUAAUAGAGCUGCAGGCAAAGGCUAUGAAAACGAAAACUUUUACGAAAAUAUAAAAUUCCGUUUCUUUGGUAUUGAAAAUAUACACGUGAUGCGGGCGAGUUUAAAUAAACUCAUGGAAUUACAGAAGAGUACAACGAUGAGUGGUUUUUUGAAUGGGUUAGAAAGCAGUGGUUGGUUGAAGCAUAUUCGAUCUGUACUGGAAACGGCCUGGUUCAUCGCGCGUGCUAUUUCAAAUGGAAUUAGCGUCGUCGUUCACUGUAGUGAUGGUUGGGAUCGAACGGCACAAGUCUGUUCUCUCGCUGCCUUAAUGUUGGAUCCAUUUCAUAGAACGAUUCAGGGUUUUCAGGCACUCAUAGAAAAAGACUGGCUGGCAUUUGGUCAUAAGUUCAGCGACCGCUGUGGUCAUAUAUCCAGCGAUGGAAAAGAAAUAGCGCCAAUAUUCACACAAUUCAUCGAUGCGACUUACCAGCUAUUAAAACAACAUCCGUAUGCAUUUCAAUUCAAUGAAUAUUUUUUGUUAACUCUACACGAUCACAUCCAUAGUUGUCAGUACGGAACUUUUAUUGGUAACUGUGAGAAAGACAGGCAAACACUGAGACUCAACGACAGAACUUAUUCCUUAUGGGGAUACGUAGCCAACCACAUGAACGAAUAUAUCAAUCCUCUGUAUUGUUGUAACGGAUACAAAGAGGAUAGCAACAACCUUUUAUGGCCCAAGUUGGCACCGCAAGGAGUUCUAUUCUGGAAGGGUUUAUACUGUAGAUUUGAAAAUGGUAUUCAUUCUCGCGAGACUUAUGAAGAUUUGCUCUUGACAAUACAUGACCACACGAGUUCUUUGGAAGAUCAUGUUAAACUCUUACUGAAGAGAGUGAAUUCCUUGGGUCAGUUAUUGACGUCAAAAUAUGGCCAGAAAAAUGGGCAACAAACAGAGUACGAACAGUUGGAUAAUAAAUUUAAUAAAGAGUCUCUGUCACAAAAAAUAAUCGGAAAUAUCACAGAGAGCGACGACGGAAGUAAAAAUAAUACUACCGUAUCGCAGCUGGAGCAAGAACUGAAAUCCGUUGCCUUGGAUUGGAAAUCUUUUCGAAAUGUGGAGGAAUGCACUUGUUCAACAACGUUUGAUACCUUCAACAGGAAGUACCAUUGCUGGUCUUGCGGAGACGUCCUUUGUACAAGAUGUAUGGAAACACAUGGGACACUAGCGGGACAAUUAUCACAGCGUGCUGUCCCAGUUUGUAGAUUUUGUACCCAAAAUCCGUCGAGCUCGUCGCCCAUUAGUUCUUAACAUUAUGAUUUGGUAAAAUUCCCUUCCUCAUAUCAAUAAAAUGAUCCAUUUACAAGUAACGGAUUGUCAAUUUGUAUUCUAUACAUGAAUCGUAUUAGCGAAUGGCUCAAGCGAAAUUUGAAUAAAGCACACAAAUAAAAA